CAUGGAGGGAGUCAACAUGGUGUAUGUUUCCUCAGGAGACUCUGAGGACUGUAAACCCUUUAAAUCAGAGAUCCUGAGAGGGUUCAUCACAGAGAGGCUGAGCACCGCGACCAGGGACAUCCUAGCGGUCCUGGAGAGGACCGUGUCCGGGUACGAGGAGCAGGCGGCGGGGCUGAGGAGGGAGAUAGACCGGCAGAGGAGCCAGCUGGAGGAGGUCCUGCAGCCUGGGGUCCUGCAGCCUCGGGUCCUGCAGCCUGGGGUCCUGCAGCCUCGGGUCCUGCAGCCUCGGGUCUCUCUCUGUGGGUCAGACGGGGCGGACUUGAAAACGUACGACAUCUUGGUCCACGCUGAUGAAGACGAGGAUGACCAUGUGGAAGAGGUGGAGGAGGAGGAGGAGGAGGAGGAGGAGGAGGAGGAGGAGUCUGCUGAUGAAGACCAGGAGGACAUCAGUCUGGGUCUCUUUGACACGAGGGAUCCAGAUUAUCAGAUCCAGAAUACAAGGUUCAAAUAUGACGUGACAUCACCGUGACUCCACCAUGCUACACACACUUUAGACUAGU